CAAUCUAUAUUCUUUUCCUUAGUCUGCAAGGCAAUACUAGAAUUAUAGCUACUUCCACCUCUGCCUCCUCUCCUCUCUCCUCUCUCUCUCUCUAGACUUGUUUGAAUGCCCUAGGAUUCCUCAAAGGAGAACAUUCUUCCUCGGAAGAUCUUUACAUCGCCGGCGUGGAAUUUCUUUUCCCAUCCAUACCAUGAUUCACUAAAAACUUUAGAACAACUGGCAAGAUGGGUGUAAGAGCGGGUUCUGUUUUCAUGAAAUUGGGGAACUUGACUGAUGCUAAUCAAGUUACAGUAGAUGCCGUAACCUUAUUCGUAGCUCUGAUUUGUGCUUGCAUUGUGAUCGGCCAUCUUCUUGAGAAAAACCGAUGGUUUAAUGAGUCAAUCACAGCCGUUCUCAUUGGCUUGGGCACGGGUACCCUUAUUCUACUAACUUCUGGGGGAAGAAACUCGCGCAUCUUAGAAUUUGAUGAGAAAUUUUUCUUUAUAUACCUUCUUCCACCUAUUAUAUUUAAUGCUGGGUUUCAAGUGAAAAAGAAGCAAUUUUUUCGGAACUUUAUGAAUAUCAUGUUGUUUGGUGCUGUUGGUACAGUGGUAUCUUUCAUUACCAUUUCAAUUGGUGCCUCACAAUUAUUCAAACAUCUGAAUAUUGGUUUCCUGGAGAUGGGUGAUUCUCUUGCAAUUGGUGCAAUCUUGUCAGCAACUGAUUCAGUUUGCACCUUGCAGGUGCUUAAUCAGGAUGAGACACCCUUACUGUACAGUCUAGUCUUCGGCGAAGGAGUAGUAAAUGAUGCCACAUCUGUGGUACUUUUCAAUGCAAUCCAGAAAUUUGACAUCUCUCAGGCGGACUCACUCAUGUUCUUGCAGUUUCUAGGCAAUUUUUUCACUUUAUUUAUCACAAGCACGUUGCUAGGGAUUUUAAUUGGAUUACUCUGUGCAUAUGUUAUCAAAAAGUUGUACUUUGGCAGGCACUCUACGGAUCGUGAAGUCGCUCUUAUGGCUCUCAUGGCUUACCUUUCAUAUGUGAUGGCUGAUCUAUUUGACUUGAGUGGGAUUAUUACUGUAUUCUUUUGCGGGAUUGUCAUGUCACACUACACCUGGCAUAAUGUGACGGAAAGUUCAAGAGUAACUACCAAGCAUGGUUUUGCAACAUUGUCAUUCGUUUGUGAGAUCCUCAUCUUUCUUUAUGUUGGUAUGGAUGCCCUGGACAUUGAGAAAUGGAGAUUUGUAAGUGAUAGCCCUGGAAAAUCAAUUAGCGUGAGUUCAGUACUGUUUGGCCUGGUUCUGGUUGGAAGAGCAGCUUUUGUCUUCCCGCUAUCUUUCUUAAUCAACUUAAGCAAGAAUUCUAAUACUGAGAAGAUUGAUUUCAGGCAGCAAGUUACAAUUUGGUGGGCUGGUCUAAUACGUGGGUCUGUGUCUAUGGCGCUUGCUUAUAGUCAGUUUACGAGGUCCGGCCAUACUCAACUGCCAGCAAAUGCAGUCUUGAUCACCAGCACCAUCACUAUUGUUCUUUUCAGUACACUGGUGUUUGGAAUGCUGACGAAGCCUCUUGUAAGGUUUUUGCUGCCUCCAACACACUCAAGCAACAUGAUAUCCUCCGAACCGUCUAGUCCAAAAUCCUUGACAUUGCCACUUCUUGGCAACAAGCAAGAUCCAGAGGCUGACGCAGGUAACCAUGAUGUACCCCGUCCAACCAGUCUACGCAUGCUCCUAAGCACCCCGACUAACACCGUCCACUAUUACUGGAGAAAGUUCGAUGAUUCUUUUAUGCGCCCUAUGUUUGGUGGGAGGGGAUUUGUGCCGGUUAUUCCUGGCACACCAAUAGAAAGGAGUGCUUAUGAAUUGCAUUAAUGCUGUGUUUGGAUGGGAGAUUUGGGGAGGGAUUUGGAAAAGAAAAUGAAAAAGGUAGGUGAAAUGUGAAUAAAUUAUGCCUAUAUUUCACAUAGUUUUACACAUCUUUUCCCUUUCUCUUUCCAAAUCUCUUCUUAAAUCUCCCAACCAAAUACAGCAUAAGUAAAAAAGUAAGGAAGCUAAGCCUACUCGUCCACGUUUCAAGUUUUGUUUCAGUUUGGAUUAUAUUCUAACGAAGACAGUUUUAUGUGGGUGCUUUGCAAUUACGAUACUGCACUUAAUGUACAUAUAUAAACAAACUUCAUAUAAAUCAAAUUGACUCGUGUAGGUGUGGUAGGGUUCGAAUUAUGUCUUCAUGUUUUUGUAGUUACAAUGGAAGCUGAGUAAUUAAAUGCAUUAUUAGAUCAUUUUUAAAA